CGUCGGCUUGCCUUCGGAUUCUUCUCCAGUCUCACCGUCUGCGUCGCUACCGUUGUGACUGCGGGGGGAUGUUGAGUAUCGUGAUUAUUAGGAAAGCUAGGAUAGCGUAGGAUAUUAUUCUACCUUGCCUUGUACUCCAAGAUGAUCAUGUACUCCUAUAUAUAUGCCCAUGAGGCUCAAGCAAUACAUCGAAUUAUUUCACCAAUCCCUCUCUCCCUUCCAACAAGCACGAUCAUCAUCUUUCAGAGUAAUGUCCAAAAAGGCAAAGAAAGUUCAGAGUUCUCAGCCUUUCGGUCAGUACAUGCUAUAAAAUUCACCUUCUGUCAUACUGAAUUUCUUCAAGGAAUAAAAAGGAACUAUUACUGACCUAUUGGAUAGCAUAUUUUUUGUUUAUCAAUAUAGCUGAGUAUAUCCUACAAAAGCUAUUAAAUUGUGCUUUCUUAACAUCUAGGGCCCGGGGGAGGAUUGGAAUUGAAAGAUGGUGUUGAUGCAUCUGGAAGGCCAGCCAAGGGGAAGGGCGUCUACCAGUUUGCCAGCAACCCAAUAUAUAACCCAGAAGAAUGGUCUCCAAGUGGUGACUACUAUGCGGGAGGAAAGACAGGGUUGUUGCUCUGGGUGGUUACUCUUGCUGGAAUUCUGCUGGGUGGUGCUCUGCUUGUUUACAAUACUAGUGAUUUGGCUUCUUGAAGCCUGGUAUAGCAAACCAGAUUAUGUACCAUGCAAGGAUUUACAUCAUCUAGGUAGAUAUUCGGACUAUAUGUUGUGCAAUUGUGUACCAUGCAAGGAUUAUGGACCAUGCAAGGAUCUCCUUAUACUAUACUCCCUCCGUAAACUAAUAUAAGAGCAUUUAGAAUACUAAAGUAGUGAUCUAAACGCUUUUAUAUUAGUUUACAGAGGGAGUACUUAAUUACCAAAAGCGAUAAGUUUCCAAUAUGCAAAUAAUGGUCUUAUAUGUUGUGCAAUUGAUGUAAUCAAGACUAAAUAAUCAGCAAAA